AUGGAUCCAAGAAGGCUGAUGGAACGGGUGCUGCAAUUGUUCAAUAUGAAGAUGGCAUAAUUACAUCGACCACACAAUUGAAACUUAGUUCUUACAACACAGUAUUCCAGGCGGAAGCAAUAGCACUAAAGGAAGCCAUCACUCACGCCAUAAAACAAAAAAUCGCAAGCCAAACUACAAUAUGGUCAGACAGCCUAUCAACAAUAAUAGCACUUAAGAAUUAUAAUACCGCUCAUCAGAUUAUACAAGACAUCCAAAAUCUACUUAAUAAUACUAAUGACCUUCAAAUCUCAUGGAUUAAAGCACAUAACAACGAGGGAAACGAACAAGCAGAUAAUUUCGCUAAAGAGGCAAUCAAUACGAGUCAUUUUUUUAAAAUCAAAGUUCCACACUCAUUUAUUAAGUUUAAAGCUAAAACACAAAUUAAAAAGGACUGGCAUCAUCACAAACCGAAAUCAGGAACAUUAAUCAGAGAAAUUUUACCAGAUGUCUCAUUUAAACCUUUGGAAUGGAAUAGGCAGCUAAUCCUCUUCUUUACAGAGCAUGGCCCCUUUAAAGCAUAUCUAAAGCGAUUCUGCCUGGCAACUGACAAUACAUGUGCCUGUGGAGGAGUAGGAACAGUGUGGCAUUAUGCAAUAGAAUGUCCGCUUACCACAUCCUACCACUUUAAACAACCGAAGCUAGAAUUCCUCAUAGCCUGGAAGAGAUCCAUCU